GGGAGGGCUGAGCAUUCCUCUGUGCGUGGCCAGGCAUUACAUUUGCUUUAAGAAAGUGCUUCCUUUAUGGCAUGACGGAAAAUUACAUCUAACAAGCACAGGUCUUCUGGGAUUGUGUUCUGAAGUCUUCUUCUGCAAUGCCUCACAGGACAAUACAUAUUUUUCGUAAAGGACUCAGACUUCAUGACAACCCUACGCUGUUAUCAGCACUGGAGUCUUCUGAGGUCAUAUAUCCGGUGUACAUUUUAGAUAAGUGCUUUUUGACGUCAUCUAUAAACAUUGGAUCAAAACGCUGGAAUUUUAUCCUACAGUCCUUGGAAGAUCUAAAUUGUAAUCUCCGGAAAUUAAACUCUUGUCUCUUGGUGAUCCAAGGGGAAUAUCAACAGGUCUUGAGGGACCAUGUUGAUAAAUGGAAAAUUACACAAGUCACUUUUGACCUUGAGGUUGAACCUUACUUCAAAGAGAUGGAUGAGAAGAUAAAAGCAAUGGGCCAAGAGCUAGGUUUUCAAGUAAUGUCUCUGGUUGUUCAUACCCUUUAUGAUGUCAAUAGGAUUCAAGCUCAGAAUGGUGGAACUCCUCCUCUGACAUAUAAACAGUUUCUACGUGUCCUGUCAGUUCUUGGUGAACCCGAAAAACCAGCACGCACAAUCACCAUAGACGACUUUGUAAAAUGUCCAACCCCCCCUGAGGUUUUCCUAGAUGAAAAAUACAGCGUACCAUUUCCAGAGGAUCUGGGCUUACCUAGAGAUUCAACAAGCAUUUGGAUCGGUGGGGAAUCUCAGGGACUGGCUAGAUUUGAACAUCAUUUAGAAAAACAGGGAUGGGUAACUCAGUUUUCCAAACCUCAAACAAUCCCAAAUUCCUUUCUGCCAAGCACAACUGGCUUGAGCGCCUACUUCAGCUUGGGAUGUCUGUCUGCCAGACUAUUUUAUUACAGACUAUCUAACAUAUAUGCUCAGUCAAAGAAUCACUCCCUUCCACCGGUAUCUCUUCAAGGACAGCUGCUCUGGAGAGAAUUUUUCUAUACUGUUGCAUCUUCGACCCCAAACUUUAAAAGGAUCAAAGGAAAUCCAAUUUGCCUCCAGAUAAACUGGUCUGAAGACCAAGAAAAGCUUGCUAAGUGGAAAUCGGGCCAGACUGGAUUCCCAUGGAUUGAUGCCAUUAUGACGCAAUUACGUGAAGAAGGGUGGAUCCAUCAUCUUGCGCGACAUGCCGUAGCUUGUUUUUUAACUAGAGGAGACUUAUGGAUUAGCUGGGAAGAAGGAAUGAAGGUCUUUGAGGAGCUGCUGUUGGAUGCAGACUAUAGUAUUAAUGCAGGAAAUUGGAUGUGGCUUUCAGCUAGUGCUUUUUUCCACCAUUACAAAAGGAUAUUUUGUCCUAUAAGUUUUGGAAGGCGGACUGACCCAGAGGGUAACUAUAUAAGAAAAUAUUUACCAGUGCUGCGCAAUUUUCCUGCAAAGUACAUCUACAAUCCAUGGACAGCUCCAGAAGAUAUCCAAAAACAGGCUGGGUGUCUGAUUGGUAGGGACUAUCCUUUACCCAUGGUGAAUCACAAAACAGUCAGUGAACACAACUUGAAGCUAAUGAAACAAAUCAGAGAACAACAACAUAAGACAGCCCAGCUUACUCGAGAUCUUGUAGAUGACCCUGUGGAAAUCAAUGUAAAACACCAUAUUGAAGAUGACAAAUCCUGCACCUCUGAAAACAAUACCAAAAAGCUGCGAUGUCCUGAAGACGUUUGGAUGGAACACAUACAAAAUGAUGAACAAAUUGUGGAGCCUUGUGAACUGAAUGUAUACUGAAGCACUCAACAGUGGAAUAUAUGAUGUUGCCAUUUACGGUUCAUAUUAUUUUUAUGUAGUUCACCUUUAAAGGCAAACAAUACUUUGUUCUAA